AGUCAGGCAAAUAUUCAUACGAGUGGCUGUCAAAAAAGGCCAAUCAAGCAAAUAUUUGGUGCAAACACAAACUUUAGAUCUUUGCGCGUUCGACUACAAACACGUAAAACAUUAUAUCUGAGUAUUUAAUUUAUUGCUUUUCAUUUCGCUCGAUUGAUUUCAAGAAUCGAAAUAAUGUCAGUGAUAUUAAUUUUCCUGCUUGUGAGCGCCGCCAUGAACUGCUCUCUAGCAGCGCCUACUCCUGAGGAGACAUCGACAGAAUAUUUCACUACCCAGCCUGUAAUUGUAACGACCAAUGAGAAUGAAUGCAAGGCUGAGGUGUCAGCGCAGUGCCCAGCAACCGACCCUGAAAUUGCCGUUAAUCUUCCUGACCCUGACGACUGCACGAGCUUCUGCGAGUGCUCUGGCGGCACUGCCUACGCUAUCCACUGUGAUGGAGGUCUCUACUACGACGAAAAACUGCAUAUAUGUAACUGGCCAGACAAUGUGGACUGUGGCAAUAGACCGAUCCCCCCGUUUGCUGCUUGAUCGUCUGCAGAGGCUGAAGGAUCGGACGCCCCUUGAAUUUUCGGACUUUCUUGGGACAACGUUAACCUAAUGACCCUAGUGGUGUAAUGCUACUAUGGCUUACAUUAAUUCACUAAUGUUUUCGUUUCCUCAAAAUAUCAGUAAAACAUAGAAAGAUA